UUUCUUCACGUAGAAAAAGAUAUAUAAUAGAAGAAAAAUAUGAUGGUGGUUUGGUUUUGAAUCCAAGAAAAAAUCCAAAUAAUCGCCCUGUUGCUGAUGUAGAUUUUACAUCUUAUUAUCCAAAUAUCAUAAUCACGAAUAAUAUUUCUUUAGAUACUUGUGUGAAUAUUGAUUCACAAGAAGAAAAUCUAAAUGUGAUAAUUGAUAAUAGAAUAGUUUAUAGUAAAUUUAGACAACAUAAUAAUGAAGAAACAAAAAUGGGAUUAAUGCCAUUGAUGUCUAAAAUGUUAUUAGUAGAUCGGGCUAUAGCAAAAAAAAAUAUAAAAAAAGCCAAAAACAAACAAGAAUAUUCUUAUUAUAAUUCUUUACAAAAUGCUCUCAAAACAAUUGCAAAUUCUAUUUACGGUGAAACUG